AUCCUGAUUACGUGCUUCUAGGCUUGGAAAAAAAAACCAUCUCCCCCUCUAAUAAUUUUAAAUUUCUAAUCCACGCUUAUAGUCCUAUUUAAACCAAUGUCGUAAGAAAUAUCUCGCACUAUUCCUCAAACAUUUCCUUGACAGGAUAUGAAUCACGUGACCAAAAAUUACUUUGUCUACAUGACGCGAUGUUUGUUUAUGUUUCAUACUUCCGAGCAAUCAACUAAAACAGCUCGACCUCACCCCAUACCAAUCAUCCUAAUGUCAUCGCAAACCUCUUCCUCCCUCAAGUCGCGGCAACUAACACACCUUGCGAACCAGCUUUCCCAACUCCAAUCAAACUUGGCCGACUUCAACCAGCUUCUAAGCAUCACAUGUUUGCAAACGCAGUAUAUGAAGAAACUCGGGAUGAUGCAUGGGGCGCUAUUCAUGGGGAGUCAUCGUGUGUUUGAAGAAGAGGCCUUACGCUUCAGCAACUCGGGAUCUGGCCAACAGGAAGAUGAUACUGAGACCCAGGACAGUGCAGUUCAACUGGAUGCCGAGGAAAAAUAGAGGUGCCAUCCUACAACUUUCUGCUAAACAUUUGCUUGUUGUGCCGCGGUUUAAGAGAAACCCAAUCACUAUAUUUUGCUACGGUACAAUACAUCUC